GAAAGACGACUGGCGACACUUCUGCGUACGCGACACACAGACACAUCCAAGCAUACAGAAAGGACGCAGCGCCACACGCUUGUCAAACACUCACAUUCGACAAGCACACGCACACACACAGCCACACACACACACACACACACAGCCACAAGCACAUCCACACACGAAGCGCGCACAGACGAAGAUGACCAGUGGUGGGGAGAGCGACGACGGAGGCGGAACAGGGAGUGGUGGUGGCGAUAGCGGAAGCGGCGAUCAAAACAUGGAAACCAUCGAUGUGGGAGAUGGGAGGCACAGCGCCAGCAGUGGAACAAGCCACGAGGGCAGCGCACAAGAAGCGCACGUGACGCGACACCUGGGCGAUCGUCAUGGCGCAGACGAAGAGCUCCACCCAGCAGACGCGCUGCUGCAGCAGACCACCGUCGAUGUGGUCUCCACACAUGCACCGCGCCAACAACAGCAGCAUCCCCAGCCCCACCAGCCCCACCACGAACAGCUCCACCAGCAACAACAACACCAACAUGAACAGCGGCAAGAGCAUCACGACCACCGCAUUCCACGCCAUUUCGAUGUGCCCCAACUCCCCGCGCCACACGACAUGGGUGGCGUGUCGCCAUCCCCUCACCUGCACCCAUUCCACCCAGGCCCCUCCCAUCAUCACCCCCACCACCACCACCACGAUCAGCGCCAGCACGAUCAGCACCAACAACACCAGCACCAGCAUCCACAGCAACAAUCCCCCUCGCUGUCCCAUCCUCACCUUCCCCAUCCUCAACCUCCUCCUCACCCACACCAGGGAUCACUUCAUGUGCCUGAAGCGCACCACCACCACCACCACCAAGCAGAGGUGCCUGUGACCAUGCACCAACAACACCACCACCACCAACAUCACCACCAGUUUCCCACAUCCCAGCCCAGCGAUGCCCAAAGCUUGUAUCCGUUCCCUUAUCCACAUCAGCACCCGUCGCAGGCCAUGACGUUUGACUAUGCCUCGCCCUCGCACGUUCCAGCGACGCACACGCUUGAGCAGCCGUACCCACUUCAACAUGCACCCUCGCAAGAACACGAGCACCAGCAACAAGGGUUGGAUAUGACGCCCUCCACGUUUCCGUUUGCGCACACCACCCAACAUCUCCCUGUGUCAUCGUCGUCGGCGUCAACCACACCAACAUCCGUGGGACACGCGCUCCUGCCCGCCAUAUCUAAUGCACACCAGCAUUCCAUGCAUCCACCACCAUCGGUCAUCACCAGCACGCAUGGCCCAGCCCCGGUUGAUGUCGGUUCCCAUCACAACGGCACACCAACGCAGCAUCAUCAACUUCAACAGCAACAGCAACAACAACAGCAACACCAGCAACAUGCAGUGCCGCCGCAGCACUACCAACAGACGACGCAGGUGCCCAACAUUGAACCGCACGAACAACAGCAACAACAGCAACACGAACAACAGCAACAGAAUCAGAAUCAGAAGCAACAACAACAGCCACAGCAGCAACAGUCACAACAGCAAGAGCCACAGCAGCAACGACAGCAGCACCAGCCGUUGAAAGUGAGCAGUGAGCUUGGUCCACUGAUUGAGACGUGGCGGUCACAGCGCAAAGUCUGGUACGAGACGUCGCAUAUGGCGGACCGCAAGAGCCGCUGCGAACGCCUACAGUUUGGCCAGACCCCAAGGAAGACAAAGUCAAAUGGCAUGAAGAAAACGCCCCAGUGCCGCCAGGAUCUGUCGAGCACGGGCCCGCCGUGCGGACGCCCCCACUGCGGUUACUGCUCGCGAUUUAACCAGAAGAAGUCGUGCCCCAAGUGCCACGCGUGGGUGAAGAUGGCGAAACGCACGUGUGCGUGCGGCCAGAGCCUCACCACGUCCACGCCAACGUUCUUCUAUCCACCGCUCGCCUCAAAGGAUAAGGGUGUCUCCUGUUGCACACAGGCCAUCGAGAAGCACCUGAAUGCAAUGGCCCAGCACCGUUUCGGGCAGGCCGUAGCGCUGUAUGCUGCGCGCGACGGUGCGAGCCAGGGGCGGGCAGAGGCAGGGCUCAUUGCAUCCUACUGCAACGACCUGUUCAUCACGGACCACCGCGGUAAAGUGGUGGCAGACGUCACCCCGGACGUGGACCGCUCGUGCGACCUCCCCGACGAGCACCACCUCAUGUCCGAUGCCGAGUGCACGUACUGGACCCGGCAGAUUCGCACGCUCCGCACGCGCGUCCAGGGCGCCCUCAAGGACGCGACGCAAGCCAUGACAGAAUACAUGAAAUUGAAACAUGGGGGAGCAGCCGCCCUUGCUGAUGCAAUGCGCAAUUUUUCGGAAUCGGUCCAAUGGCGGCCGCAUGGCUGCUGCUACGACACGCAACAACAGCAACAGCAGCAGCAGCAGAAGUAG